AUGUCGUUUAGAAAGCAAAAAAUUCAAUUUUCUGCAGAAGAAGAUCAAGAUGAUUAAUAUGAAUAAGAAGACCAAGAGGUUUAGGAUAGCGAAGAUGAAUAACCAAAUUAAGCUGAAGAUAAUAGUGAUGACUAAUAAGGCAGUGAUGGAGAAGAUGAAAAUGAUAGCGAUGAUGAGCAAGCGAGAUUAGAAGAAGAAGAAAAGUUGAUUAAAGAAUAGCUCAAGCAUGCUUCAUUUGAAACAAUCAUGAAAAUAAAAGCUUAAUAAAAGCAAAUAGAAAUGUAGAAAUAACAAUUAAAGAGCAGAAAAUCAAAAUCUGCAGAUAGAAAAUAAAAAAAUGAGAACAACAAUGUAAAAAUUUAAGACAAAAGAGCAUCAAAAGGAGCUCCUCUUGAAAGAAGUGCUAAAAAACCUGUAUCAAUUUUCUCAACUGUUAUCAGCUCCAAAAAGCAAAAAGGUAGAGAUCCUAGAUUUGAUGGUUUAUCAGGAGAAUUCAAUUCUACUAUGUAUUAAAACAGCUACAAAUUCUUGGAUGAAAUGAAAAAUAAAGAAAUUGAAACUUUGAAAUAAGAUAUUAAAAAAAAUAAAUUUUCUGACCAAGAAAAGCUUGUGUUAAAAAAGGAAUUAGGCAAGAUUAAAAGUGAAGUAAAACAAAAAGAGUAUAAUGAUAGGAAAAAUUAAGUUAUGGACAAGUAUAAAUAGCAAGCUAAAGAACAAAUACAAAAGGGUUAAAUGCCAUAUUUUGCAAAAAAAACAUAAAUUAAGGACGACUUGCUCAAAGUGUAGUACGAUAAGCUUCAAAACGAAGGCAAGCUUGAAAAAGUUUUAAAAAAGAAGAGAAAGCAACAAAGCGAUAAAUUAAUGUCUGCUUAUCAUUUAAUUACACAUAAAAAAGUUAAGAAAGAUUGA